UCAAAGUGACAUUGAUCAAGGAUGGAGAGAGAGGCUAGCGUUAGCUGCUAGCUAACUAGCCCCCGGCUCACAUCACAUUAGCUGGGGAUAAAAACAGGCCUUAUUCAGUCAUCUUUCAGACCAAGCCGCAAACAGUCUCCAUCUGAUGACUUCACAGCCACCUGACGGGCCAAAAUAACCAGCCCCUUGAACAUCUUAGUCUGUGCAGGGGGAUUUGACUGUUUUUUCUUGCCCAAACUGUGUGUAUCUGGCUAAGUAAUGUAGUUUGCCACCCAAAUUGGCUCAAUUUGGGGGUCCUAGGCUGCUGCCAGUCCUGUUUAGCUCUGGCAUUAAGCCGCAGAAGCUUUCCCCCGAGAGAGGUAGUUGACUUUCCUUCCAGAGCUCGAGGCACACCACUGAAAAGGAAGACUGUAACCCUGGAUGAAGGCCCUGUCUUGAGGAGGAGAGCAGGACUUGGCUUCAGACAACGUUUUGUGAAGACUGCAAGGCUGCUUGGAUCUUUCUUAGCUUGCAUUUGACCAGCUGAAAGCCAGUUUGUUUUGUUGGACAUGUGGAUGCUGCUAACUUGGUUUUUGUGUCCAUUUUGGAAAACCAUCUAGUUGUGAGACUUGUAGCUCAGGGGACCGGGCACAGCCAUGGAGGGUCUUGAGCAGCUUGACGUGGUGGGCGAUAUCAGCCCGGCUCUUGAGGCCACCGAGGACUUCAUCCACUGCAUAGAUGGGAUACAAGGCCAAGGUCCGAGCCGAGCUCAAAUCGGGACCCUCCAGCCUUCCAGGAAACCUAAGCAGCUGCAGGAGGUGUCCAGUGCGGCGCUGGGGAAGCUGAGCUCCAGCGGCGUGUGGGGCCUGCUGGCCAGAGAGCAGCCAGAGGUGGGGCCUCUAGGCCUGGCCUGGGCCGACAACUUCAGCGUGUUGGGGCUGGGGAUGAGCUUGAGGCACGGCAAGAGAAGCCGAGCGCGCUCCACCAACGACCUGGCAGCCCAUACCAAGGAGUGCAUAAACAACACUGCCAACUCCUCGACCAACUCAGCCUUCAAGAAGGGACACAACCGGUCCAGGUCGGACGUCAACUACCGGCCGUCUGCAUACACCGACAACGGCCUACCCACUGUGGACUGCAACACUCUGAAGAACAUGAUCCUCAACAACCAGCCAGAGGCUGAUAAAAGCAGCAGUAGCAGUGUUUUGAAGCAGGGUGCGAUGGAGCAGCGUGAGGGGCCUCGGGGCCGCUGGACACCUUGCCAUGUCGAGCUGACACCCUGUGAGCUCCGGCUGUACACUCUGGACAGCAGCGCCAACCGCCAGCUGGGCACCGCCUACUCUCUGUCACACUGCCAGAGCAUCAUCUCUCCAGCACCCUGCAGCCAGCCCGGCCAGAUCACCCAGCCUGCCGAUCAACGCACGCUCCAGGCUUUGUUCUUCAACAGCACGCGUCUCCAGCUGAGGGCAGCCAACCAAUGGGAGGCCAUGGAGUGGCGACGACUGAUGUGGGAGAAGGUGCAGGCAGUCAGACCUGGGAGAAAGGAGAACCACCAGCGUAAACCCGGAGUGGAAAAGCAACAGGUCGUCAAGUUUCCUGCACCCAUGUCACCGUCCUCGUCGCCCUCUCCAUCAGGGCUUGACACCCGGCCUGAUGGGGACAGCAACACCCCUACCUCAGCAGAGGCGUCACUCUCUCUCCAGUCUAAUUCUUUCAUCCUAAGCAGACCCACCACCCUGCCACUGUUCACCCAACGCUGCCAGGACGUCCUCAAAGCCAGUCUGCUCCACCAGCUGAAGGAUCAGAACAACUGGCGGCCCUUCAACUUCAUCCUGACCAGAUCUGUUCUCAGGGCCUUCCCUACCGAGGGCCGUGGGUCUGUGUCCCAGCCUGUUCUUCAGUACUCCCUAGCCUCCUGCUUGGCCGUGCGGCAUGAUCAGGAGCCAGAGAACAGAGAGACGUGGGCAGAAAGAGGGGACUGCUUCCAGGUAGUUUUUCCCAAAGAGGUACUCAGACUUCGGGCGGACGAUCAGCUCAAGGCCCAGGAAUGGGUGAAGGCCCUGCGGGAGGCGGUCGGAGCGCAGAGGCCUACCCAAGAACAAGGGGGAAAGUCAGGGGAAGGAGCUCCAGCCCUCCAGGGAGUGCUGUUGAGAUCAAAACCACCCAGGGAGAGGAGACAGCGGGAGGCCCAGAGAGCUAAGCGGCAGUCCGUCACUACCAGUUUUCUCAGUAUUCUCACCUGUCUGGCUGUUGAAAAGGGACUGACUGCUCAGAGCUUCAGGUGUGCAGGUUGUCAGCGUCCAGUUGGUCUCUCCAAAGGAAAGGCAAAGGUCUGCUACUACAGCGGCUGGUACUAUUGCCAGAGCUGCCAUCAGGACAAUUCCUUCCUCAUCCCAGCACGCCUGCUGCACAACUGGGACACCAGCAAGCACAAGGUGUCUAAACAGGCCAAGGAGUUCCUGGAGUUUGUGUAUGAGGAGCCCCUGCUGGACGUCCAGCAGCUCAACCCUUGUCUGUAUGAGCACUGUGAGCCUCUCAGCACUGUGCUGCACCUCCGUCAGCAGCUCCAGUCACUGCGGGCCUACCUGUUCAGCUGCCGAGCAACCGUUGCUGAGGACCUCAGACGAAGGAUCUUCCCCAGGGAAUAUCUGCUACAGCACAUUCACCUGUACUCCAUUGCUGACCUGCAGCAGGUGGUUGAUGGAAAACUGGCUCCCUUCUUGUCCAAGGUGAUCAAGUUUGCCAGCUCCCACGUUUUCAGCUGCAGUUUGUGUCGAGAGAAAGGCUUCAUCUGUGAGCUCUGCCACAACAGACAGGUCAUCUACCCCUUCCAGGAGAACGCCACCAAGAGGUGUGACGGUUGUGGUGCCGUGUUCCACACCGAGUGUCGACAGAAAGCUCAGCCGUGUCCGCGCUGCGUUCGCAGAGAGCUCCACCACAAGAGGCCGUCCUCCUUCUGGUCUCCGGACGACGACAGCCCCGGAUGCUUUCACCUGCCGUACCAAAACACCUGAGACACACAACACACACACACACACACACACACACACACACACACAGACACACACACGCACAAGCAGUUACAAUUAGGGCGCUGCCAUGACACUGGACAAAGUGCCUGUUUUUCUGAUUUGUGCGUCUAGAGGAAAAAUUCUGUGACAGAGCUCGGGGCUCGUGUGUGUACCUGUUAACACAAACCUGAGCUAAAGUCCCUUUGUCCUACUGUAAAGAGCAGGGAGAAGACCAACUGAAAAUGGCUGCACCAGGCUUUACAGACUGACCAACAUGUAUUUUGUAGUCAAACAUCACACGUCAUGGUCAUCCUCCGCCAUCUUCAUCCAUUUUCCACCUCACUACUUUCACUUAUAUUCUAAAUCACAGCUGAUAAACUGGAGACAUUCAAAGUAAUAGUUGGAACAUUUUGGUGGUUUAUUCUAACACAAGUUUUACAGCACAAGUCUAGUGAUGAAGCGAUUUAGUCAAUGGACAGAAAAUUAAUGAACAAUUUCAACAAUUGAUUAAAAACUAAUCUAAUCUA